CAUGGUGUCAGGGACGCGCCUAGUCACGGGAACGGUCCGGAGCGCGUUCACGAGGUGCAAGAUCGCGCUUUAACAGUGAAGAGUAUCAAACAGCGUGUGGGGAUCCAACCUAAUGCUUUACAUUGGGUCACAACGACCAGUCAAUGAUUUGCGCCGUGUAUUUGCGUUCCUGUCCGGCGUUUAUUUUGCAAACCUUUUCAUUUUUGCACGGGAGGACACUGACAUAGCAAACUCAUCUGUAUGAUAGGGGAGCAGGAGCACACAGUAUGGUCCGGGAAACCAGACAUUUAUGGGUGGGAAAUUUACCCGAAAAUGUACGAGAGGAGAAAAUCAUUGAGCACUUCAAGCGAUAUGGACGUGUGGAGAGUGUCAAGGUCCUGCCCAAGCGGGGUUCAGAAGGUGGAGUUGCUGCCUUUGUGGAUUUUGUGGACAUUAAAAGUGCUCAGAAGGCUCACAAUGCUAUCAACAAGAUGGGGGACAGAGACCUGCGCACUGAUUACAAUGAACCAGGCACAAUUCCUAGUGCCGCAAGAGGGCUGGACGAUAGUCUGUCCUUAAGCUCUCGUGGCCGGGAUGUAUCAGGGUUCACAAGAGCGGCAGGGGGGGCCGUGUAUGUGCCCCCCACGUCGCUCCACAGCAGAGAUGGACGCUAUGAACGCAGACUAGACGGGUCGGCUGAAAGUCGGGACCGGGCGUACGAUCACAGUGCCUAUGGACAUCAUGAGCGUCCUGGUAGCAGCUUUGAACGCCAGCGGCACUAUGAAACGGACUAUUAUCGCGAUGCGAGAGAGAGGACUCUAAGCAAUGCAGGAAGCGGGUCUGGUACCUCAAGUGGAAGUGUUUCAACGGGCUCGUCAGGAGUUGGUGGAACUAUUGUUAGCACUGUUGCGGGCAACACAGGGACAAGUGGGUCAGCAGGGGCUACAUCAGGAGGAAGCGGGGGAUCUUCAUCAAGUGCAGUUGGCUUCUACCGCUCCCACAGCAGGAGCCCUUGCCGCUUUGAGACACCAGAGCCUCGCUAUGAGCCUCGCACCAGGGAACCCUUUACUUUGGCCAGUGUCGUUCAUAGGGACCUUUAUCGGGAGGACAGAAGUCGACGCGGGGAUCGAUCGUACCGCCACAGUCGAAGCAGGUCUCCUCACUCAACACAUUCACGAAAUCCCUCUCCUCAGAGACUGGCGAGUCAGGCUACACGUCCUGCACGCUCCCACAGUGGGUCAGGCUCCCGCAGCCGCUCCUCCAGUUCAGACUCAGUCAGCAGUACCAGCAGCAGCACGAGUGGCAGCGAUUCCAGCAGUAGUUCCAGUGAUGACUCUCCUGCACGCUCAGUGCAAUCUGCUGCUGUCCCUGCACCCUCAGCUCUUCCUUUAUCCUCCAUUGACAAGGAUGAACCACGUAAAAGUUUUGGAAUAAAGGUUCAAAAUCUUCCUGUGCGCUCUACAGAUACAAGCCUGAAGGAUGGCUUGUUCCAUGAAUUCAAAAAACAUGGAAAAGUCACAUCUGUACAAAUCCAUGGAGCGUCAGAGGAACGCUAUGGGCUCGUCUUUUUUCGACAGCAAGAGGACCAAGAGAAAGCACUCGGCGCAUCAAAGGGGAAACUGUUUUUUGGCAUGCAAAUUGAUGUCACAGCCUGGAAUGGCCCUGAGACAGAAAGUGAAAACGAAUUCCGGCCUUUGGACGAGAGGAUAGACGAGUUUCAUCCAAAAGCCACACGGACAUUAUUUAUUGGAAACCUGGAGAAAACGACCACUUACCAUGACCUGCUAAACAUCUUUCAACGCUUUGGAGAAAUAGUGGACAUUGACAUCAAGAAGGUGAAUGGAGCCCCUCAGUAUGCCUUUCUACAAUAUUGUGAUAUUGCCAGUGUCUGUAAGGCCAUAAAGAAGAUGGAUGGCGAGUACCUUGGCAACAACAGACUAAAACUUGGGUUUGGAAAGAGCAUGCCUACUACAUGUGUAUGGUUGGAUGGAUUAGCAUCAAACACAACAGAGCAGUUCCUAACCCGCCAUUUCUGCCGAUAUGGACAUGUUGUCAAGGUUGUAUUUGACCGGAUGAAAGGAAUGGCCCUUAUCCUGUAUAACAACAUCGAAUAUGCACAAGCUGCUGUCAAAGACACAAAAGGGUGGAAGAUAGGGGGCAGUAAGAUCAAGGUGGACUUUGCCAACCAAGAGAGUCAGAUGGCUUUUUAUCGCUCCAUGCAGGCAUCUGGCCAGGAUAUUCGAGACUUUUAUGACAUUCUCUCUGAAAGAAGGGAUGAUCGCCGAACUCAGUACGAGUUCCAAGCUGAAAGACAAUAUUACGAAAAUGUACGAACACCAGGAACCUAUACAGAAGAUCCACGGCGUAAAUACACCUCAAGAAGUCGGGAGUUCUACACUGAAUGGGACCCAUAUCAGGGAGAUUACUAUGAUCCACAGUACUUUGAAGACCCUCGGGAAUAUCGAGAAUACAGAGCUGAUCCUUAUGAGCAGGACAUCCGUAAAUACAGCUAUUUGCAGCGGGAACGAGAAAGAGAGAGGGAACGCUUUGAAACAGAUCGUGGACGUGAUCAUGGGAGGAGGACCGUUGAGCGCAGCCAAAGCCCAUCUCACAUAGCUUCUAGACGUCCUGCUAGCCCUACUGCAUCUCCUUCACUCUCUGAAAGGAUACCGAGUGAUUCAGACCGCCGUAUUUGUUGCCGAUCUUCUGAAAGAAGUGGCAGCUGCAGUUCAAUAUCACCCCCAAGAUUUGAAAAACUUGAAAAGGCACGAACUGAAAGGUAUAAUAAAACUGACAAACUUGAGAAGGAUCGAGUGUUCGAUAUUGAAAGAGGGGGUCUGGUUGAAAAGGAGAAGAGAGCCGGGCGUAAAGAUCGAGGGGACAAGGACAAAAGUGACAAACAAAGACUUAAGAAGCUCAAAGUCACAUCACCGAUCAUACAACCAUGUGAGGUGGAACCAGAACUUGAAAGAGAUGUAAGCCCAGAGUCAGUUCUUCGAACCAAACACAGUAAAGCUGCAAAGGAGGGCUUGAGUAAAACAAGGUUAGACCUUCUGCCUUGUGUUGUGCAGUUAACACGUGUCAAAGAAAAAGAAGGAAAACUAAUAGGUCAUUCUGUCCAAGAGAAACCAUCACAGAGGGGUGGGAUGGACAGUCCUAGAUUGGCCUCGCCCUCAUCUGACCAGAAGAGUCCUCCAUUCCGCCCAGAACCAUCAAAACUGGAUAUGUCAAAGCAUGGAAAGCUGCCAAGAGACAAAAAUAUUCACAGUUUGGUGGAGGUUAUGGAAAAGGAUGCUAAGAUCAAAUCCAAAAAACAUGGAAAAUCUGAAAUGGGAUUUGACAGUGGUAUUUCUGUUGAUAUAGACCGUUUGGCUGCAAGAAAGAGACGUUUUGAAGACUCUGGGAAAAUUGAUAGACCGAAAAGAACUAGUGAGGAGGAUCUUGUUAGAUCUGGACUUCAUAAACUAUGGAACCAUACAAGGGACACGGAUUCAGAGAAGAACCUUCUGACUAAAGGGAUCCACAAAAAGGAGCACCACAAAGAAAAAAGUGCCAGGGUUGUCUCACUCAACAGUCCUAAAGAUGUACGAGACUAUGAAAGCAACUCAGCAAGCCUGUCUAUGGAGCGGCAGUCACAACUAGAGGAGCCUCAUGAAGACACUACUCAGCAGUUAGACUCUCCAUAUCUUAAAAUGGAUUUAGAAAGCUCAAAGAGUGAGAACAGCCCCAUUCACAUAAAGAUGUCAGAUCAUGGCAGCCUUGAUUUAGAGGAAUUCAAAGAACAACAGAAACAGGUUUUGUCUGAAAUUGAGCAAGGAAGAGGGAAGUGCAAAGACUCAGAUGAUGGAAAUGAACAUCUUGUGCAUAUUGACCAGAAUAAUAUUUGCACUGAACAAACUGAACAGGGUCAGUGGCUCCACUCUAAGAUUGGUGAUCCUGAUAAGUUACUCAAGUAUGAAAAUCCAUCAAGUAAUGACUCUAGGAAUUUUGAAAAAGAUUAUAUCUUGCAUGACGUUGGAAAACGACUUCAGGAUAUGGCUAGUGAUGACUUCUCUUCCUCUAAACGAAAGAAACUACAAAAUUUUGACUUUGAAAUGGUACCCACAAAAAGAGAGCGCAACUUUGCUGGUUACCAAAAGUUGAAUGAGGACAUUUAUCAGAGUAUAACAUCCUCAAUGGCGCAUGGGCACUUUUCCGCAAAUGAGGAUGAAGAGACUGCCCAGAUUUCUGUAUCAAUAACAAACAAACAAAGAAAAUCUCCAACAACAGACAGUUCAUUUUCACACUCAGAUUUGCUGAAAAACAGUUUUGGCCUGACAGAGUCACAUUUCCAGUCUUCUGACACUGAGCUCCCAAAGCUUAAGACGAACCUGUUUGGCUGUGAUGAGGAGUUAAUGCAACGCUGGGAAAGACGUCUCAAGUCUGAUUCACUCAGGAUGGAAAUGACUUUCCCAAGUGAUACUUCGAAACGUGAGGGCAUCCGCAAACGCCUCGGUCAGGAUUUGGAACCUGGAGAAGUUCAGUCUGACUCAGAUGAUGAUGGAGACAAACACAUUUCUCCCAAGUCCAAUAGUUCCUUGUCCUACAUCCUGAGGGAACGUGAUGAGAGGAUGACAGACCUGAAGUUUUCAAGCUCCUUGGAGAAGAAUAAGUUUUAUUCUUUUGCUUUAGAUAAAACUAUAACCCCAGACACAAAAGCACUUCUUGAACGAGCCAAAACACUAUAUUCCACCAGAGAAGAUAAUUGGUCAUUUCUCCCUUCACGCUUUCCAGUCUCCCACAGCUGUUCAGAUAAGGACAAGGUGGAGCUAGCCCCUCGCCCAAUUCCUUCUUGGUAUAAGAAAAAGAUUCGCACUGACUCUGGUGAAAAGCUGCAUGAUAAAAAAGAAGAAAUAAAGCCACAAGACCAAGAGCGUCAGGAUCUGUUUGCCUCUCGCUUCCUGCACAGCUCAAUUUUUGAGCAAGAUUCAAGACGCUUGCAGCAUCUUGAACGUAAAGACCAAGACUUAGAAACUGGUAUUGUUAGGCCUUCUGCAAAACCAGGUGCCACUGAGGCACAGUCUGAAUCUGGAACAGGUGAUCCCCCACAAGAACCUAUAGUGCUUUUCCAUAGUCGAUUUUUAGAGCUUCAACAACAGAAGGACAAAGACCAUCCUCCACAUGAUGGAGAGAAUGAUUCUGUUGUGAUGGGGAUUAAAAGAGAAGAACUUCAAAAUUGUGAUGAUGUUUCUGACAAGGAAACUGAGCCACCAGUGAAACUUGAGGACAAAUCAGCCAGUCCUGAAGUAAAAUUGUCAGUUUCUUCUUUUAUUCCCACUAUUAAAGAAAUAACACCACAAGAAAAAAGAGAACCUGUGACCCGAUCACCAGAUCAACCUGUGUCAAUUGUCAAAGAGGAAAAAUUGGAGCCAGUUCUUGAGUCAUCUCACUUGCAGUCUCUUCCAACAGAAGACAGCAAACACAUUGCUCCCAAGCUAACUGUAACUCCUCCACUCACCGUUGCAGAGCCAGAAAUUGAAAUGGAAACAAAAUUGGAGCUGAUUGAACCCAAAGCAAAAUCUGGAGAUAGCUUGGCAGUGGAAAAUAAUCCUCUUGUAGAGGACAAGCCUCCCACUCCCGGUGGUUCCAUAAGUGGUUUUGAGAAAGAGACAAAAGAAUCGACUUACUCUGACUAUCCAAAGAUUGAUGACAAAUCUGAAAUCUUAAAAGCAGAACCUAAAAUAGAAAUUCAGGAAACAAAACACUCUGAGGAAUCUCAGAAGACUGAGACUGACAUUGAGGCUGGUAUGCCAGAGUUAGAAGCUGAAAUAAAGCCAUUUCCAAAUCGCAGACAGCCCAAAAAUAAGAGGGCAAAACAACAAGCAGUAGUACGCACUUCACAACCUUCCCAAGUUGUUGCCACUGAGAAACCAGCUACACGAAAAAGUGAAAGGAUUGACAAAGAGAAGCUCAAACGAGCUUCAUCUCCUCGGGCGUCUGAGCCAAAAACACCAUCCAAGUCACCUAUUCAUGCAUCAGAUUCAGAGCAAAACCGUGAGUCAAGUCUGAUCCAUGGGAGAACACGUCGCAGGAAUGUAAGAUCAGUUUAUGCCACUCUACAUGAAGAUGACCAAGCUAGCAAAGAAGUGGUUGAGUCCCCCCGCUCUAUGCGCAAACGUGGUGCUGACAAAGAACCAGUUCAGCCAGAAAUUCCGAUUCCAGCUACGAAUACAAGGCGAGGGCGUCCACCUAAAAGAGGUGUCAAGCGUGGUGAAGAUUUAUCACCAGUCAAAACAGAUCAGCAGAAAACCACAGAAGAUGAAACAGAGGUCAAAGAAUCUUCAACUCCAGUUGAGGUUGUGAAAGCCUCUGAGGGAUGGCGGUCGCCCCGUACCCAGAAAGUGCAACAAUCACAAUUUACUACAUCUGCUCCAGUUACCAAGAAAGGUGGUAGAAUAGACAAACAGAUUGGAGGCACUGCCCUUCUGGCAGACCAAGCAGAUCCGGGAAGUCAAAAUGAAUCGGAACCUUUGCACAAAGCUGAUUCUGUACUGUUGGGGAAGUUUUCAGAGAAACCAGAAAAUACAAGGUUACCAGUGCAAAGAAAGGAAAAAGAGUUAAAAGAUUUUGGUGGAAAGAAGUCUACUGAUGGGGAUAUUGAAACUCUACAUGCCGGCUGUGUUGAGAAGAGACAACAGCCUGAAAAGAGUGUUAAGGUGAAACCAUCAAGGCUUAAAAGAAAUACCAAGCAGGCCACUGGAGAUAAAUCACACAGUUUAAAAAAUCUUGAAAUCCGUGUAAGCGUUGAUGAUGUAAAAGGUUUAAUUCGCUCAGAGGAAGAUGAGGCAGAGUCGUUUGAAGCACCUUCUUUAACUAAAACCAAGAAAGAUGUACAGGACAAGGACGUUACAAAGAUCUUAGGCUUUCCUGAAGAAUCAAAAGAACCUGGCACCCAGGAAAAGGAAGACAUCAUAUCAGACACUGAACUUCCUGCAGACCCUGCUGCACUCUUAGCACGACAGAUGGAGUUAGAGCAAGCAGUUGAAAACAUUGCUAAACUUACAAGUGAGCACCCCCCUCGACCCUACAAAGAGCCACAUUCAGAGCAACCUACAGCAUUGCCUCCAGUCAUAGUAGAGCCAGAGGGUGAGGUUGAGGAGGAGAAGCCAGCCAAUCCUGCAAGUGAAACUGAACUUGCAGCUGCUAUUGAUUCCAUUACAGCUGAAGAAACUUGUGCAGAAGCAGAUGGUUUCACGGCUUCUUCAACUUACACAGCUCUCAUUCCUACACCUGAACCCCUUAUAUCCCCCUCUUCCAAUGAGAUUAUUGAGCCUGAAACACACAUGGUUAUCAACAAUGUUCUCCCUGCUGACUCAGAUGAGGGUCCUCUUUCACCAAGCCCAAGGGGGCUAAUGGCAGAUUCUAAAGAAGCUGAGGAUACCCCUGUACUUGAAACUCCCAAGAAAACUGGUAAAGGUAGAGCAAAAACGCCAAAGAAGUCUAGAAGUCGUAAAGGUGCUGCCAACAAGAAAGGGGAUACUACAGAAGACGUUUUACAACCUGAGCCUUCUCCAAACAAGUUACCAGAGUCAAUUCCAGAGGAUCCAGAAACCAUUACAUCAAAAGCAGUUACUUUUACAGCAGCGGCCUCUGUGGUCACUGCUGUUGCGACUUGUAGACGGGACGUCACAAGUGCCAUAACUGUUGACACACCCAAAGAGGCAGAACAACCUGAAGUAGAGCAGCCUGUACCCAAAGAAUCUGCCUUUCAUGCAGGCACAAGCAACAUCUCCAGCUCUAAAAAGCAUCCCUCAGCAACAGAGCCAUCUACCCCUACACUUGCCCAGGCUUCUGCCCGACCACAACCAGUAUCCCAGUUUAAUGUACCCCUGCUUCGGCCUUCAAAAAUGUCUCUUUCACCAGACUGGCUUCCUAGAACUGAGGAAAGUAGAAUCUAUGUUGCUCCUUCAUGUCAGGUAACAGUGGUUACCCCUUCUGCACCACCUUCAACUACACUUGGAAACCCUUCAACAAAUCCCCCAAUGCCUCCUGAUACCAAGGCAUCAGAUAUUGAUCCAAGUUCCAGCACCUUAAGGAAAAUCCUUAUGGAACCAAAAUAUGUAUCUGCAUCAAACAGCAAUUCCAUACCUACCACUAUAGUGACAUCUGUGCUCUCAGAUCCUUCAAGGAUUUCAGAGAAUGAUAACCCUGCUGAUAAAAUGGUUUCAAGACAGUUACAUCCUGAAGAGAGACCACAUUUACCCCCGCAGCCCAUCCACCACAAACCCUUCCCACUGACAGAGUCUCAACAGAACUGUGGCGAUAAACCUCAGCAUACUGUUAUUUCUCCUACUACCUCAGUUAUAAGUCGAAUUCCAAUGCCUUAUGAUACGGAGGAAACUCCACGAAUUUCACUUAGUAAUCGAAGUAUUGGCCCAUCUAUACCGAAGCAAAAAUAUAGAUCAAACUCAAAUGAGAACAAUCGCUACCAUGGCAUGGAUAUAGUCGAAGAUGGGGCCAGAGGGCGCUCUGUUGUUGAGACCACUCCCUACAGUACAGGCCCCAGUCCAGGCCUGAGGGUCAAUACAUCAGAGGGUGUUGUAGUUCUCAGUUACUCCGGCCAGAAGACCGAAGGGCCUCACCGGAUGAGAGCCAAGAUCAGUCAGAUUCCUCAAGCCAGUGCUGGUGAUAUUGAGUUUCAACAAUCUGUGGCCAAAUCUUCAGUGAAGCAGGACCCAGUUAUGGCAUCAUCCCAGUCACCUACUCCGAAAGUAGCCCCGACUUCUUCAACUUAUGGACACACAGGAGUUCUCUUGACAGGCCAAUCUUAUAACUCUCAACCUGUAAUUUCUAGUACCAAACAGGAGAGUCUAGGAGGUGACAAGUCUGAUGCUCCAUAUCAUACAACAUCCCAGGGUGGCGUGGUUAAAAUGUUUCAACAGCCAGUCAGUACUUCUCAAGUCUUGAUGUACAACCAAGCUGUGAUACAGCAUCAGCAUGCUAAAAGAGGCCUGGGGACAGAACCUCUACCCAAAAAAAUGGACAUUGGCAAAACUGUUCAGCAGUCUAACCUGAGCCCAGUUAUGAGUCCACUCCAACCAUCACUAUCUGGAAAUCGCAUGAGCCCUAGCCCUGGCAUUCCAACUGAUAGGACAGCUCUCCACCUAAAGCAGGAACCCCAGUCCCCACGAACAGCUGUCCCAUCCCCUCUUCCCUUUGCCAAAGCCUGCCCUCCAAGCAGUUCACCAAGAGGAUCAUCUGUAGUUUUGGGUCAUGGCAUUCCACCAAUGUCUACAUAUCAUUCUAGUAUUCAUCACCCUCAUUCAGAGCAAUCCUCUGUGAUAAUGCAGCCGCACAGUGUCACACAGUCAAUGGCUCAUGAAGCAAGGAUGAACACCCCACCGAUGAGUGGGAUAAACUACGCAAGGAGAGGGGACUCUAUGUCUUCUCCCCACACCGGACCUUCACAGCGCUCUAAUACACCACAGCCUAAUGUUAUACGAGAUAUGGUACUGCAGACUCACUCAAGUCCCAAGGCAUCAGUAUCAGUUGGUGGUGGAAGCAAUGCAAAUGAAGAGGACCCCAGGCACUUAAACCAAGCUCUUAGCAGACCUUCAGUACCCCAGCUCCACUCAGAUGUAAUGAUGAUUCACAGUGAUCAUCGUGGGCUUCACCCAAGCAUACGCAUAGACCAGUACAGAGACAUGCACCAGCACAUUCUCAUGCACCAGCAACUGGGAGAACAGGCCACAGUGGAAUCAAGGCAGUCUCGCACCUCAGAGUCUGCAGCAGCUACACAAAGCAACAUCUCUGGGUUGUCAAAGAGUCCAUUGAUGGGAAAGGGCAUUGAACCUUCGAAAGAAUCUCUCAAACCACUUGAAGGGAAGCUAAUACAUCCACCCUUGAACGAUGGCAGGAUAAGGGGAGUCCAUGCAUCUAGUCCUGUUAUGGUGUCUCCACAUUCCCAUGGGGUUCACCUGAUGCAUCCACCAAGUGUGGGCCCCUUUUCAGUGUACCGGGACAUGAGGGGUUUCCCACCUCAAUUUCCAGGACAACCUUCAUCAGGACACAACCUGGCAAGCCAAGGCAUUACAUCUUCACAGGUUCCCCUGGAGUCUGCCCUGGGUUCAAGGGAUAAGAUAUCUCAGCCACAUGGGGGAGGAAGUGAUUCCAAAAAUGACAGUUCCCAUCUUCGCCAUGCUACCUCUACAGAUCAUUCACACAUUUCCCGGAUAUCUGGGGAUGCACUCUCACCCUCAUACCAGUCUCCCAUGACAUCCCCAAUGUGUCUUACUAACAAGCCAGAUCCAUCUCUGCAGAAGGGUGCUCCAACUUUCCUUCCAACACCUCCGCCAGCAGUACCCUCAUCAGGUUCAAUGCUAUCACAGCGUGAUGCUAAACUGGAACAUUCAGGCCAUCGUUCCAUCGACAUGGUGCAGCUUUUAACGAAAUAUCCAAUAGUAUGGCAAGGCCUUUUGGCACUGAAGAAUGACCAGGCUGCUGUCCAGUUGCACUUUGUUUCUGGCAACACAUUGCUAGCUCAGCGCUCCCUGCCACCCCCAGAGGGAGGUCCUCUUCUACGCAUUGUCCAAAGGAUGAGACUUGAGGCCUCACAGUUGGACAGUGUUGCACGUAGAAUGACAGUGGAGAAUGAUUACUGUUUGCUACUGGCUCUACCCUGUGGUCGAGACCAAGAAGACGUCCUUGGUCAAACCCAAGCCUUGAAAAGCGGCUUCAUCACCUACCUGCAAGCCAAACAGGCAGCUGGCAUCAUUAAUGUGCCCAACCCUGGCUCUAACCAGCCAGCCUACGUGGUGCAGAUAUUCCCUCCGUGUGAAUUCUCUGAAAGCCACCUUUCUCGUCUGGCCCCGGACCUUCUCAACAGCAUCUCCAGCAUCUCCCCUCACCUCAUGAUUGUCAUUGCCUCAGUUUGAUUACCUCCAUCGUUUUCCUGAACAAAGCCAACACCAGCUGUUCUGGAUUCAUCCAGUUUUUUUAAACUGGAAUUGCCUCAUAUUUUUAUGAGUUUGACUUUUGUAAAUAUCUGAUUUAGCACGUGCUCACCUUUUUUUCUUCACUUCACCGAGUCCUUAAGCCACUCAAUGACAUUGAUUUUCAAAAACUAAACCUUUUCAGAGGGGAUCUGAAGGGUCAAAUGGGAUUUUGAUGACCAUUUUUGAUUUGUCAUUUCAUUUUUUGCCAUUUUUGGAGAUGUUGUGCAUAGCUUUUUCUAAUUCAUAGCAUCAACGGCUACGGAUUGACUCUUCUUAUGGGAUAUUUUUUACCUUCAUAAAAGUGAUUGUGAAUUUCUUUUUUUAAAAAAAGACGAACAAUGUGAGAAGUCAUUGCACUAUGUUAAGAAAAAAAUUGUGAACUCUGUACAGAUUUGAGUAUAAAUUAUAUGUUAUGAAAUUACUCUUGUAAACAGCCAUGCUUGAGCAAGUCAGAAGAAAAUCAUUGCCUGGGAAAUGAUGGAGAGUCAUUUCAGCCUGAUCAAUCAUACUGCUUUAGCUCUUUUGCCAUCAGCCAACUUCUACGUCAUUUCCAGACCCAACUCUCCACCCUGAAGUGUUCCCUGCCCCAGGAACUCCAGACGGGACUUUUAGAGUUGUACAGUUUACACUCAAUGCCUCAACAGGGGACUGUAUAAAGAAUAUUUAAUUUGUUUAUUUUUGUUUGCAUCUUCUUAAGCCUAAGGGUAUUGUUGACAAUUGUGAAACUGUAAAUAUUAUAAAUAUUUAAAGACUGAAGCAACGGGGAGAGACCAAGUGAAUUAUUUUACCAGACAGAUCAUCAAAGCUCAAUGUUUUUUCUUAUGUUUUUUGUUUUGUUUUGUUUUGUUUUUGUUUUUGUUUUUUGGGGAGGUUGUGGGGGGGGGUGUAAAGCAGGGGACUGAACAGACCUGUAAUGGAUUCAGUUAAGAAAUUCAAGCAAAAACAGUUUUUGUUAUUAUGUGCCAAAAGGUCUUUUGCAAACUCUCUACACACGCAUUGUAUCUGAAACAGAAACUGAUCAGAACCUAUUUUCAUAUGUGACUUUGUAUUUACCGUUCAGAGGGCAGACUUUAUUCCUUUCUUUUGGGAAAAUUCAUCAACCCAACUCUGUUACUUCAAUGCUUUUUACAUGACGUCGUCGUAUCCUCAUUUUGAAGGAACUAUUGUAUUGUAGGUUUGAUUUUCUGUUUAAAGUCCUGUUCCCCUUCUCCCUGAUGUGGUCCUCCACUGCCCCCUGCUGUCUGAAAAUCACGCUCUACAUGUAAAGACUUGCAUACCAGGGUCAUUUAAGUCGUGACUCCAUGGCAGAUGAGUUUAGCAUGCUUUAUUUUCAAAAAUGCUUCAGUCAAAUCAUAGAGGCAAAGAAUGUGACUUGAACUUGAUAUCAUGCCGCUAAUGGAUGUGUUGAUCAUCUGUCUAUCCCUCCCCUUUAAAUGUCUUUUUGAGCCAAGCUGUACAUACUGAUGUCUUUAAUCUGUGCUCUUGUGUAUUUUCCCCCUUUAUAAUUGUCUUUCUUCAGGGUCCUUAUUUUUGUUUUGUGCAACAAAACAAAGCAGUCUGAAAGAGACGGGAGAGGAGGCGUGUGAAACCGAUGCUGAAAGUAAAACCAUGCUUGUCAGUUUUUUGUGAUGUAAAUAUUUCUAUGACUGCAAGCUGAAUACUCUCAUGGUUAUGUUGAAGGCACUUAUAAUUUUUGAUAAACAAAGAAGACGAAAAUACUGAAAAAAACGGUGAUUAAUAUGAAAACUGUCUUUUGAUCAAUCUUCAUUUUGAGUGUAUUUUGCUGUUCCUCCAUGAGGAAUUUUAAACUGUAAAAUAAAUGGUUGUUUAACUUACUUCUGAAGAUCAUUAAAUGGUCCGUCACUCUUG